AUGAGUGGGCACAAUUCACCUAUUGAGAAACAUUCCGAAGCUCCGAUUGAUCAAACCCCCGAUCAACCACAACAGGCGGUAGUUGAAACCACCACCAACGAACAAACCGUUUCAGUUGUGGAACCAACUGAGGAACCAGUGGCAGACCAACCAGUGGUGGAUGCAGCAGCAGUAGCAGCUUCCGUUCCAGAUAUAUCUAUUGCCGAAGUUGGAGAUGAUCUGGUGAUUCAGGAAGAGCCACAUACCUCGUUUCUGCAAAUCCCAUCAGAUAAACAGCAAUUCACAACUCCAUCGCGAUUCUUGCCACCAUUGAAAGAUAUUGACAAGAUUGUCACCCCUAAAUCAUUCCAUGUUGCCAAAGAUGCAGCACACCCUGGUGACCUGUCAGUGGUCAAUAGUUCACCUAUCAAGAAUCUUGUUUCGGAACAUGAUGUCACUAGCGGGGAUAUCGAUGAUCAUUUUGAUGAAGAUGGUUUGCGAGCAGUUGCUAGAUAUUUAUCAAUAGAUGAUUCAUCUAUACGAGCGAUCUCGGGUAAUAGUGAAAUCAUUAGUGCUUUAAUAUCCAAGUCGAGCGAAUUUCAAGAAUUGGUAUCCCAGAAUGAAUUCAUUAAAUUACAGUUGGAACAGAAUAUCCGUAGCAGUGCUAAACAAAUUGAAUCCUUGCAGGAAAAGUUCUCCAAGGCUGAUAACACUGCAUCAUUAGUACAGGAAGAAAACCAAGCGUUAAAAUCUAAAACCAUACAACAAGAACACAGAAUCCAAGAAUUGGAAGAUAUCUCCUCAAUCAAUAAUGAACACCUUGCCCGUCUUAAACAGAUUGAAGAAGAGAAAAAUUUGGAAAUUAAGAAGGUGAGAGAAGAACGGGAUACCCAAGAACUUGAGAAUCAACAAACUAUCAAUCAAUUAUCAGGAACUAAUAUUGAACAGAGCAAGAAACUCAAUGAAUUGACCAAGGAGAUCAAUGAAACCAGAAAUGAUAAGUUUACACUUCAGUUGGAAUUAGCCAAGUCUCAGAAUGAACUUUCAUACCUUCGCGAUCAAAAAGAAUGGUUUGAUGAUGAAUUGAAAUCAGUUCAAGGCAGAUUUACCGACUUAAUCAAGAAGCACGAAUCGGAAUAUUUGGUCACUAACUCAAAAAUCGCCACUUUGACGGCAAGAAAUGAAACCCUUGAAACUUUGAACAGUCAAAACCAAUCUACCAUUAGCUCACUCAAGACUAAAUUGGAACAGGAAAUUACGAAAAAUUCCAAGAUUCAAACUGAUAUUGAGUUGGAAAAGUCAAGGUUCUUAAAAGAGUUGGCUUCCAAGGAUGAGUUAAUAUCAUUAACAAAGCUCCAAUCCGAACAACGUCACACUCGUAUUCAACAAUUAGAAUCAUAUGCUGAAGAAAUCAAAUCAUCAUUGGGUGAAACCGUUGAUAAGCUUGAACAGGAAUUAUCAGAAAGGACCGAAAAAGUUAUAGAAUUACAAGAAAAGUUAAAGAGAACCGAAGAAGUAUUGGAUGCAGAAUUACACAAGGAAACCGAUUUACCUAAAUUGACCGAGUCUUCUGCUAUAAUUGCCACCAAUGGAAUUUCCUUAUCGAAAUUAUACUCGGAAUAUAAUCAUUUGAAGAAACAAUUGGUUUUGGAGAGAUCUCAAAAGCAAAAAAUGGAACUUCAAUUGGAGGCAUUUGUUAAUGAAUUAGAAUCUAAAAAGCCGGCAUUGGCCAAUUAUCGUGAUCAAGUAUUGUUCUACGAAGCUUCAUUAAAGGAAAUGAUUGGUAAAGUGGAAACCGUCAGGUCUGAAAAGACAGAAGUCGAAAAGGAUGCAAAGAGAUUAAGAUCGAGAAUCGUUGAAACUGAAAAUGAAAUGGUCAGCAUGAAGAAAUUGCUCAAAGAUUUAGGCCGUCAAUUAUGUUACUAUUUGAUCCAUUCCAAGAUUAGAGAUAACCAUGAAGAUCCAUUGACAUUGAGUGAAAAGAAUGCCAUUGAGAAAAUUCUUGCUCAAACUGGUAAUUUUGAUGAGACUAUGGAAACUGAUUCUGAUAGAUUAAUCUCGGAUAGGUUAGUCGAGUUUAGGAAUAUUAUAGAAUUACGACAAAGAAAUGAGGAAUUGUUGGUUUCCAUCAGACAAUUGUCGAAACAGUUGGAAUCUCGUGAAGAGGAAAACAAUAAUUUAGAAAGUGUUGCCAUUGAAGAAGCCAAGGAUGCUAUUCUAACUUUGGAAAGUGAAUUGGAUAGUUUGAAUGUUAAAUUAGAUGCCGUUACCAAGGAAAGAGAUGCCCUCAAGGUGAUAACCGAACAACCAUCUUCAUCCAAUGCUGAAGCAAGAUAUCUUAAUCAAGUUAAUGAAGAUUUACGCAAGAAGAUUAAUGAAAGUGAACGUAUAAUGGCUGAUUUGAAAGAACAAUCUUCCAAGACAGUUCGUGAUUUGAGUGAAAAGUUGAGAGAAGUCACUGAUAAGAAGAAUGAAAUUGCUUUACAGGUUACUGCAUCUCGUCAAUCUGCAGAAUUGGCUGAAUCAAGAUUGGCCAAUGCAAAUAAAUCCCUCGAUGAUUCCCAUCAGGAAUUGAAGCAAAUUCGUAAGGAAAUACAAUUCUGGCAACAACAAGCAAACAAACAGGAAUCCUUACUUGUCAACAAGACUCAAGAAUUACGUGAUUUGGAAUCCACCAUUUCUCAAAAUAGAGUGCUCAUUAAUACACUUGAACGUGAAAAGGCAUUUUCUGAUACCAUGCAAAAAGCAUUACAGAAUGAAAUUGAUACUUUGAAAGCCGACAAGAUUAAACUUAACGAGUUUGUUCUUAAUUUACAAUCACUCUUGAAGGAUCGCGAAGAGUCAUCGAAACAAUUGUCGGCCAAACUCAAUGCUUCGGUUGAAAAUUAUCAAUCAUUACAACAAAAACUCUCUGAAAAGGAAGAACGUGUGCUUAUUUUAACCAGUCAAUCGGAAUUAGCAUUCAAGGCACAAAAUGCCAAGUUGGAACAAGUGAACGAAAUCAGUCAACAAUUGUUAGAAACUAGAACCAAGUUGUCUGAGAAGGAACGCUUAGUUGAUGAAUUAAGAAGAAAGAUUGAGAGCUUGAAAGUGCACCCUGCUCCUGCUGCUGCUGCAUCUACUAUUCCUGUUUCAACUCAUCCUUCAACUGCAUCUCAAGACUUUGAGGUCAAUCAAUUGAAGGAAGAUUUACGUAUUGCUGAACAGCAAGUGGACGAACUUUCGAAUCUUGCUAAAGCUAGUGAAACUGCCUUGGUCAAUGCCACUAAUUCAUUUGAGCAAUACAAGGUUGAAGCCGAUGCUAAAUAUCAAUCGUUAGUUAAGGAAAAGGAAUAUGUUGAAGCUGAAGUUAAGCGUUUAACUGAAUUGAGCAACACCACCAGUCAAGAAUUAGAGGCAAUUAAAUCUACCCAUGUGGAAGAAGUCAAUGAUUUGAAACUGAAAUUGAAUGAAUUCAAAUUCAAGGCUGACAGAUAUGACAAUUUGGAAAGAGAUUACCAAGCCAAGGUUGUUUCCAUCCGCAAGGAUCUUGAAACCCAUAUCAAUGUUUAUAAUGAUGUUCAAAAUAAGUACAAGUCUGAAAUGACCAAGAAUACCUUGCUAGGCUCUCAAAUUGAAACAUUAAAGAAUGAAGUGGAAUCCAAGGGUAACGAAAUUAAACAAUUGAAUGAUGAGUUACAAGCGGUUAAGGAAUCGUUACAACUUAAACAGGAAUCAUUAACUAGUGAAAAAUCACAAUUAGAAACUGAAUUAUCCAUCUCCAACAACAAGAUAGUUGAGUUGAAAGAACAAAAUGACUUGUUAUUGAAUCAAUUGGAAUUAACCAAAGGAUCAAGCACAGGUGAAGAAGAACUUGGAGGAGAUUUCAGACAAGUGGUUAGUUAUCUUCGUCAUGAAAAGGAAACCAGUGAAGCUAAGUUGUUGGUUGCUGUUGAAGAAAACCAGGCAUUGAAGGUCAACUUGGAAAAACUUCAGUACGAGCUUUCCAUCGCCAAUUCUGCUUUGAGCAAUGCUAACCAAAUCAACUUGGAUGUUAAUUUGAAGGAACAAGCUGAGUUGUCUUCCCAAUUGGAGCAAUUACAUAUUCUCAAAGAAAGUAAUAGUACUUUGAGACAAGAAAAUUCCAAGAAAUCUGAAGAAAUUGAAAAGUUGAACAAUAAGUUGGUGUCCAUGACUAACGAAUUGGAACCUCUUAGAAGCAAGGUUAAUGAAUUAUCUACCCAAAUCGAGUUUGAAAAGCAGCAAGCCCUGCUACUUUCUGAAGAAAAUGGCCGCUUGAAACUGACAACUGCGCAAUCUGAUUCUGCUACUGUCAUUAGUUUGAGAGAAAGAUUGAAGGAGAUUACUCAACAAGCGAACGCUAAGAUUACUUCUUUGAAUGAAAAGAUUAAAGCAUACCAAACUGAAAUAGCCCAAUUGAAGUCUGGAUUAGAAGACACUGCUGAGAAGGCGUCAUCCCCGGAAGAAAUUGAGAAGGUUAAGCAGGAAAUUGAGAGUACUAAGCAAGAACUUGCCAGUGCCAAAUCAGAGAUUGAGGACUUGAAUAAUAAAUUGAAGGCUGCUAAGCAAGAUUCUAACAAGUAUAUCAACACUUUAACUCAAGAGAAGAACAACCUUGUUAUUCAGUUAAGUACCAAGCAAGCAGAAUUAAGGGAACAAUUUAAUCAAGAAAAGGAACAACUUCGUAAAUCGUUGAAAGAAGAAUUUGAAAAGCAAGCCGGUUCUAGUGUUGCUAAUGAAGAAGAAGCACAAAAGAAGUACCAAGAACUUGAGCAAUCUGUUAAUAAGCGGAAGGAAGAAUUGGAAAAGGAAUACCAAGAGAAGUUAUCUAGUAAUGCUGAUUCAACGAAGGAAAUUGCUGAAUUGAAUGCUAAAUUUGAACGGAAAUUGGAGGAGGAAAAGGCCAGUGUUAAAGCACAAAUUGAGAAGAUGUUUGAAGUGAAGAUUAAAAUGUUGAACAAGAAGGUUGAGCGUUUGGAGAAGCAAACUGGUAAUGCCCCACCAGCUUCAUUACCGGUGGUGCCUAAUGCAACUGCACCUGCGCCUGCCAUAGUGUCUGCUAAGCCGGCUGUAGCUGCUAGUGAAUCUGCAUCUGCAACUGUAGCUAACGCUGCUGCUGCUGCUGCUGCCGCUGCUCAACAAAACCAACCAGGCUCAAGCAAAUUCCUUGGCUAUCCAUUCACAGAGAGUACUUUGACAGUGCACAGACCGACUGUGGAGAAGCCCGAAGCUAAAAAGUUUAGUCCCACGCCAAAUCCGGUUGGUCAAGAUGGGAAAAAGAGAACCAAUCAAGGUCAGCAACAAAAUCCACCUUUUAAGAAGAGGGAUCAUCAUUGA